AUGCAGUCGCAACGUACAGCUAUUACUCAAUUUGCCCAAAGGGUAAACAAUCGUUAUGUGUUUCGGCCGCGAUUACAAACUGUGUACGACGAGAUGCAUGGUAUUAUAAACAAAGGUCAUUUCAAGAUCGCAGUACCUCUCUGUGAAAUAUUACUGAAGGACCAGAAGAUCGAGGAUCAUCCGGAUGUCGCCUUUUUGCUGAACAUCCUUGCAUUACUGUACAACGAGCUCAGUAUGCUUGAGGAUGCAACCAACGCUCUGAAGAAAGCAUUAGAUAUCAGAGAGAAGACGGGGAACGAGGAUGAUCUGUUUGUUGCUGCCGUUCUUAAUGAACUUGCUUUGGUGCAUAGCAAGCGAGGUAUGUUUGAAGAUGUGGUGUCGUACAGAAGUCGAGCAAUGGAGAUCACACAGAGAGUUUCCGGUAGUGACAACUUUAUUCUUGAUUUGAUUUUACUUUACGACGAGCUCAAUAGACUGGAGGACGCAUCCAACGCUCUGAAGAAAGCUUUAGACAUCAGAGAAAAGAUGGGGAACGAAGAUGAUUUGUUUGUGGCUGCUAUUCUUAAUGACCUAGCUUGGGUGGAUAGCAAAAGAGGUAUGUUCGAAGAUGUGGUAUCGCACAGUCGUCGAGCAAGGGAAAUUACAACGAAAUUCUGCGAGAGUAUCAAUUCGGAUUUUGGUUUGUUAUACUUACUCGUAUAA